UGCUUUUUCCAGUCCCUACCAUUAGAAAAGGAAAUCUCUCUAUUUUACGCUUUUUGUUUGUUUCUUCUGUGUUUGUAUUUUCUUAUGAAACCAUGGAACCUCAGGACCAAAGUCACGGCGGUGACGGAGGAGACUUUUCAGUCUCCGGAUUCGACUCGGCGGAGAAGGUGAUUAUGCGGUGGGACGCGACUGCUUCUGAAGAAGCGAGGGAGAAGAUGAUAUUCACCGAUCCACAGGAAGUGAAGCUUUACCUCCACGCCGUCGAUGAAAUCCAACGGUAUGUAUCAUCCGGCGGAGAAAUUGAAAACCGAGCAAACUCGGCAAUCCAGAUCGCUAUGGCUCGUCUCGAGGACGAGUUUCGGAAUAUUCUCGUUUGCCACAGCUCUCCGAUCAACGCUGAUUCUCUAAUGUCGUCUUCCUCUUCUGCUCACCUGGAGGUUGAUGAAGAUGGGAGUAAUGGUAACUGUAACGAGGAAGAUGAUCAGCAGGAGGAAGAAGAGACGGAUCUUCUGAAACGGACCGGGUCUAGCUCCGGUUCAAGUUCGGGGACGGUUCGGUUGCCGACCGGACGAGGUAGCUACAGUAGAUCCACUAGCAGCAUACGCGAGAUCGAGCUGAUUCCGAUCGAUGCGGUGGUUUAUCUGAGCUGGAUUGCUCGGCGUAUGGUCUCCGCCGGUUAUCUCCGUGAGUGUAUUCAGGUUUACGGGAGCGUGCGCAAGUCCGCCGUCGAUUCGAGUUUCCGGCGGCUAGGGAUCGAGAAACUGAGCAUCGGAGAUGUUCAGAGGUUAAACUGGGAGGCGCUUGAGCAGAAGAUCCGUCGAUGGAUCCGAGCAGCUAAGAUCUGUGUGAGAGUUGUGUUCGCGAGCGAGAAAUUGCUCUGCGAGCAUGUGUUCGAAAGCGUCGGAGCCGUCAACAUCCACGAGGCUUGCUUCAUGGAAACAGUCAAAGGUCCGGCGAUCCAGCUGUUCAACUUCGCGGAGGCGAUCAGUAUCAGCCGGAGAUCACCGGAAAAGCUCUUUAAGAUCCUCGAUCUCCACGACGCUCUGAUUGAGCUUUUGCCAGACAUCGAAUCGGUUUUCGAUCUGAAAUCUUCGGAUUCGAUUAGGGUCCAGGCGGCGGAGAUACUGUCGAGAUUGGCGGAAGCGGCGAGAGGGAUAUUAUCCGAAUUCGAAAACGCCGUCCUCCGUGAACCUUCUAGAGUUCCAGUUCCCGGAGGAACGAUACAUCCAUUGACGAGGUACGUCAUGAACUACAUUAGCUUGAUCUCAGAGUAUAGACCAACGUUAAUCGAUCUCAUCAUGUCGAAACCAUCGAGAAGCGAUGCAAACACACCGGAAAUCGAUUUCUCGGAGCUUGAGAACAAAGGUCCAUUAGCUCUCCAUCUGAUCUGGAUCAUACUCAUCUUGCAAUUCAAUCUGGAAGGAAAGUCCAAGUACUAUAGAGACGCAGCUUUAUCGCAUCUCUUUGUCAUGAACAACGUACACUACAUUGUCCAGAAGAUAAAAGGGUCGCCGGAGCUACGAGAAAUGAUCGGAGAUCUCUACCUGAGAAAGUUAACGGGUAAGUUCAGGCAAGCCGCUACGUAUUACCAAAGAGCCGCUUGGGUCAAAGUCUUGUAUUGCUUAAGAGACGAAGGGUUACGCACAAAAGGAAGCUUUGCAUCAGGCGUCUCCAGAAGCGCAUUGAGAGAGAGGUUCAAAUCUUUCAAUGCUCUGUUUGAAGAAGUUCAUAGGGUUCAAUCGCAGUGGUUGGUCCCAGAUUCUCAGCUAAGAGAAGAGCUGAAAAUCUCAAUCUUGGAGAAGCUUAGCCCGGCUUACAGAUCGUUUCUCGGGCGGUUCAGAAGCCACAUAGAGAGCGGGAAACACCCGGAGAAUUACAUCAAGAUCACCGUUGAAGAGCUAGAGACCGAGGUUCUUGACUUGUUCGAGGGGUUAUCUGCAACUCAGCAUCUGAGAAGACGAUCAGAAUGAGAGAUAUGUGAGUUUUUUACUCUUUCUGAUUUUUAGAGUUUCACGGAAACAGAUUCUUUGAAUUCUUUUCACAAAAUUCGGGUUCUUUGCGGAUGAGCCAAAAACCGAGCAAGAAAGAAGAAGGAUUGAUACGACUUUGAUUUAAAAUUUUCAGAUUCAUGAGUUUGUAAUGUUGUAUGAACUUAUAAUAUCCCUGUUUGGUUACUUGCCAAAUUCCUAGCUUAAACCUUUUUGGUUCAUUUGUCCAUAUAUGAUGAAACUGUAUUGUGUCAAUGUCAUAUCCAUUUUGUA